AUGGACCUACCAGUCGUCGAUCUUCUCUACCAAGCCAAGGAAGCAAACCAGCUCCCCAACUCAAUGGAACUCUGUGACCGAGAGCAGUGGACCAGUGAUGUUGAGCUCUAUGCCCCAGGCUACUUGGCUCUCGAGGCUGAGGGUCGCGGGGGCGAGUAUCCCCUAAGUAGCCUCGUCGCACCAGACAGUAUCGGCAAAAUCACGAAGCAGGUUAUGCAUAGGGUGCUGGACCCCAGUUUCUCACACCCCCGAUAUUCAUUUGUUCCUCUUCCUCCUGGUCGAACCCUAUGA